CGGCGCGGAGUUACGGGAGAGUAUUCUUCCCUCAAGUGUGAGCUGCUCUACUUCUGUCCAGUUCUUCUCAUCUCUAUCUACUGAAGACCUGCCAUAUCCACAGAGGCCUUUGCUCCCACCUCAUACAAGAUCAAAUGGCGCCCUUCCUUAAACGGCUCCCAGUUUCUCUCCCCCUACCGCAUGUCUCCAUAGCUACUCUGCCUCCAUUUGGAGCAGAGCUCUGGGAACAGGCAUUUUUCUAAUUUGGUUCUGGAGAACGCUAACUCUCAAGAGACACUUGGCAGUAGUGACUUGGGCCAUGGCCUCCGACCUGGACUUCUCACCUCCUGAGGUGCCUGAGCCCACCUUCUUGGAGAACCUGCUGCGGUAUGGGCUCUUCCUGGGAGCCAUCUUCCAGCUCAUCUGUGUCCUGGCCAUUAUCGUACCCAUUCCCAAGUCCCAUGAGGCGGAGGCAGAACAGUGUGAGCCUAGAAGUGCAGAGGUGACGAAGAAGCCCAAGGCUGCCGCUCCUUCCACCAACAAGAGGCCAAAGAAGGAGACGAAGAAGAAGCGGUAGAAGCGGAGGCCGAGGAGCCCACGGCUUUGGCCUUGGGGACAGCCCUCCUGGGAUCCAACAUCCUGCUUCCUCUCACAGACUGUCUCUGUCCUUGGCUCGGGGUUUGAGGUCAUUAAAACUCCCUCUGACCACAGGGAUCUGAACAGCCCCUAGGCCCCAGCUGUGCAGACCACCACUUCCUCUUCCUUCACGGCCCCGGAGGGGUCCGAGGUCUUGUAAGGCUCACAGAGUCCAGCCCUCACAGUCAUGCUUGGGCCCAGCUGUCUUCAGAUAGAGACAUGCUGCAUCUAACCUUAGGAGCUGUUACCUAAGGCUCCAGGCACGCCCUUUCCCAUUGUCUGGGCCACAUGUGUCACUCUUAUGUGCACAGAACUUCACAUGUGUUCAGGUCAGGAUACAGUGUGACCUAGCCCACUUGAUUUAGCAGCCAGAUCCUGAAGAUGUUGGGGGUUGGAGGGACAGUCGAAGGCCUGGGCCCAGUGAUGCCUGCACAGGAAGUUGCUGGCUGAAUGAGGCCAGAUUUCCUGGACACGGACUUUGCAAGCCUUUGAAACAGGCAUUUCACUUUCAGACCAACCUCUUUUCAAGCCAUUCUAACAUUCAAAGUGCCUUUGACUUCGACCUGUCAUUCCCACAGCUCUCAUUCCCUGGCCAGUGAAGAAAAAUUAUGUGGAGAAGUCAAAGCAAAUAAACUGUCUUGCAUGCUGA